CGUAAAGUGUCACUUUUGGUGGAUGGAUGUUUUAUUUUUGGUAAUUCGGACGUGACUUAUCAGAAUCUUGAGAUUUUUUACUAAAUUUCUGCCGUGAACUCGGCGUCGAAGAACUCCUUUCGUAUUCGUCAAAGUAUCAGUACAAUCCCGGACGGAACACGCUCCGUAAAAAUUAACCCGCAGGAUGGCGUUCAACUUUGCGGCCUUCAGCUACAUUGCGGCAUUGAUUAUCGAUGCAUUUCUCAUCUUUUUCUCGAUAUUCCACGUGAUUGCGUUCGACGAGCUGAAGACGGACUACAAAAAUCCGAUCGAUCAGUGCAACUCGCUCAAUCCGUUGGUGCUGCCCGAGUAUGCGCUACACGUGCUGUUUAACCUGCUGUUCCUGUUCGCCGGAGAGUGGUUCUCGCUGGCUAUCAACAUUCCACUGAUUGCGUACCACAUAUGGAGAUACAAAAACCGCCCAGUCAUGUCCGGCCCGGGCCUGUACGAUCCGACUAGCAUCAUGAACGCCGACGUCCUGGCCAAAUGUCAGCGCGAGGGAUGGAUCAAGCUGGCCGUCUACCUGUUGUCGUUCUUCUACUACUUGUACGGUAUGAUCUACUCACUCAUAUCGACGUAAGUACGUAAUAAUUUCUGGGGGAACGAGCAGCCGGAAUCAAAACUUCUCCCCUCAUAAUUUCCACGGCAUGCCACACUCGAUACAAAAUGUUUCCGAAAGUAAUCCAAGAUAAUCGUAACCCUCACAUUGUGUGUGUGAAAGAACAGCAAAACACCGACCAAUAGUAGCUUAUUGAACGUACGAUUCCAUCCUAGUCUAAAACUUACAAUCGUGCUAUGCGGGAUCGCUUCAGUAAAGCAGCCGAGAUUAGCGAGCAAAAAGGCAGAGAUCAAAUUAAAACACAUUAAUAAGACCUUAUUUAUUGAACUCACAAAUUGUAUGAAAGCAUCAAUCGACCCAUCCUUUGUUUUUAGCACGUUGAACCCAUUCUUUCAUGUUGACCCUCAUGUUCUACUCCCAAUCCCAAAAUGCCCCAAUUCUUAAAGUUACAGUGCUGUGAAUUGUACAGAAGAACGUGUGAAAUAAAAGCUGUACCCUACCGAAGGAAAAGGUGAAA